UGAGGCGAAUGUUGUUGUGAUUUGGUGCCAUAGAAAUAAAAAUAAACUGAAAUUGCAGAGUGGAAAUUUGACAUGUUCACCUUUUUAACAAAUUAUUUAGUUCACCUGAGGCUUCAGUUAACAUCCCUCAGAAGAGCUCAGAGUCAAGCAUCAUAUGUUGACACUGUCUUGAGACAUUAUGUGCUGCAAACCAAGUCCAAGCCUCUGGCUUUGUCUUGUGCCUCCCAUUGGCUGCUGACAGCAUUCCUCACAGAUUAGCUUAUAUUUCCGUUUAAAACGAGGUCAAAAACAAUUAUGUCACAGCAGCCUCUCUUAUUUCUUUUCCAUCACAUCUGUGCUCUGCUCCCUGUUGCCAUGUGGCACUAAUCUCCCUCCAUAUCUUCCAGGAAAUAGUAGCAUCCAGUGGAUGAAGCACACCAGAGGCGUGGAUUCCCAGCACUGUUGUCUUCUAUAAGCCAAAGAGUGCUCUUCGCCUUUAACUCCACUGUACCCCACUGUGCAGGGGAAAUGUAGUGUUAGCCUUUUAUUUUGUCGGCACAUAAAAAGAUGCGCCGUCUAGUUGUUUCUAAUAAUAGCCGAUCUUAUUUUAACUGCACCGACGCCUUAUUGCAUUAUGGAUGCCUCCGGAAUGGUGUCCCUUCAAGAUAGCGUGGGAAUAUUUCAGUAGAAGGCAGUGUGGCUGUGCAUCUCAGGGCUAAAUGCUCCAGCAUCAUUCGGCCGCCUAUAACUGCAAGAGCAUCUCGUUUACCGGAGGCUGUGUCAUGCCUGUAGCGUGAGUCUGGGCUGCUGUGCACGGGCAUGCGUUUCUUUGAUCCGCUGCUGAUCACUUUAUUCUCUGCAUGCCGGAUUUAACUCCGCGGGAGCGCUAUGCGGGAGUAUAAGGUGGUGGUGCUCGGCAGCGGCGGGGUGGGGAAGUCCGCGCUGACGGUCCAGUUUGUCACCGGGACAUUUAUAGAAAAGUACGACCCGACCAUUGAAGAUUUCUACAGGAAGGAGAUCGAGGUGGACUCCUCUCCGUCGGUGCUGGAGAUCCUCGACACGGCCGGCACCGAGCAGUUCGCCUCAAUGAGAGACCUUUACAUCAGAAACGGCCAGGGCUUCAUCCUGGUCUACAGCCUGGUCAACCAGCAAAGUUUUCAGGACAUCAAACCCAUGAGAGAUCAGAUCAUCAGGGUGAAAAGGUACCAGCAGGUACCGGUGGUUCUGGUGGGCAACAAGGUGGACCUGGAGGAUGAGAGGGAGGUGUCCCCCAGCGAGGGCCAGGCGCUGGCUGAGGAUUGGGGCUGCCCCUUCAUGGAGACGUCGGCCAAGAGCAAGACCAUGGUGGAUGAGCUUUUCGCAGAGAUCGUCAGGCAGAUGGACUUCUGCCCUCUGCCGGACCGGAGAGAGGCCUGCUGCCCCGCCUGUAGCAUACAGUAGCUGAAUGUCGGAGGGGAGGUGGAGCAGGAGUGAUUGGUGGAUGGAUUGGAGAGGAGUAGAAAUUAGAGUCCAAAUGUAUUCAUGUUAGACAAACUUGAAGAUUGGAGAGGGGGCAGGGUUAAAGGAAGCAAACCCCCACUUUUGGUGUCACUAUUCUUAGCUGCUUCCUAGAGGAUUCUGGGAAAUGUAGGAAGUUGCAGAGAAAGCAGGUUAAGGGGAAUUCAGUUUUGACAUUCACUACUUCUCCAACACAGAGGGGAUUUUUUUCCCCUCUUAAAAUAAAACAAAAAACAAAAACGCACGACCUUCCUGCUACUAUCACGGUUUUUGCUGAUUAUUCCAGAGUGAAUUCCCGGGGUUUUCCCAAAGGCAGCGCGGUGCCAAAAACCAUCUUAAAAGCCAUCAACAAAGAGGACCACAGUGCUAAAUGCUUUUGGGAAAGCAGCCAUAGGUCCAUGGGAGGACAGCUCGGCGUGCUCAGCAGUUCUAUCUGUCCUGUUUUUCUUCUGCUUGUUGUUCUAUUUUGCACUUUUUUGUUUUUUUUGCCAGUGCAACGGCCAUUCACCGAGUACCCGGAGAGAUAAGUUAACACCACUGUGAAGGAGUCGUUACUGGAAGGUGCAUUUGGAAGCAGGGCCCACCUUAACAAUAAAUGAAUGACAGGAUGAACGAAUGUGUUUGAAACAAACAAACAAACAAACAAACAAAAAAGGCCGCACCUUUAGGGGGGGAUUCAUGUCCCAUUCAUGUCACAGAUAAUAACUGUGGAUGACGUGUGCACGAAGUUGUACUGUCACACUCUCAAGUGAGUACAAUCAAUCGCACCCAAAGAGACGGUAAUCAAUCAGUCAGUCAGUCGAUAAAAUGUACCAACACUCUGCAGACACCUUACAGAUGAUACAAAUGCCUUGUUACAAUGUAUGAAGUGAACAUCAGUGUCAGUGUGUAGCUCAUCUAUCUUUAGUCACAUCGGAUAUGUUAGUGGUUCAAUGUCAGAAACACUUAUUUUCAACAAAAUAAUAAAUCUUUAUGCACAA